GUCAUUUGGCCGCCUACAGUCUGGCUUGAAGAAACGUCAAAAUUCUAAUAAACUAAUUCGCAUAUCGACUAGGUUAAAUUCGUAUAUACGGUUUGAAAGUGUCGAAAUUGUACGAUAAAGAGACUUUGCGGCCAAAUUUUGCAGCGAAAAAGUUCGUGUUUUUUUAGCAAACAAAAUAUGGUGUUUUAAUUUCGUGCAAAUAAUUAUCUACAAGUAGCAAUUAGCGAAGAACAAUAAGAUAAAAUAUUCUAUGAGACAUUAAGACGUUUGUCAAGCCAAAAAUACCUACUAUAAUACCAUAUUGUAUAUAUAAAGUAAAUAACGGUUCAUGAGAAAAGCUAUAUAUAGCGUAAUAAGAUUUAACAGAAUUAAGUGAAUUGUCACAGUGUACCUGAUAGCAAUAUGGAUAAAUUGUAUCUGCAUUUGAUAACAUUUUUGUGUUGCUUCGCGCUGUGUGUCAGCUUGCCAACACGCCCAUCAGUGGAACCAAAAGGACGACAAUUUCCUCACGAUUUCAUUUGGGGCAUCGGUACGUCAGCAUAUCAAAUUGAGGGUGGUUGGAAUGCAUCUGGGAAAGGAGAAUCAAUCUGGGAUCAUCUAACACACAAUUACCCGGAAAAAAUUAUUGAUCAGUCAAAUGGGGAUGUUUCAUCUGAUAGUUAUCAUCAGUGGCGUCGCGAUGUACAAAUGGUACGUGACUUAAACGUACAUGUGUACCGAUUUUCGAUCUCAUGGUCCCGCAUCAUGCCGGGCGGCUAUAUGAAUAAUGUCAGCAGUGAAGGUAUACGCUAUUACAGUGAUCUAAUUAACGAGCUUCUGCACUAUAACAUCACACCAAUGGUCACAAUCUAUCACUGGGAUCUGCCACAACGUUUACAAGAA